ACAACAUGGAGGACGAGGUGGAUGUUGACAUCGAGGGAGACGACUUUGACAGCAAUAUUCAUGAGAUGGACGGAGGAGGGUUAGUCCCGGAGCAGAUCGUUCAGCCUGCGGGGAGGAGCAGCUCCUGGAUGCUGCCCUGGGAGCUGGACAACUCCAUCAGCCCGGAGAACAGAGAGGUGAUAGAGAGGAUGCUGCUGGAGGAACAAUAUUACCUGACGGGUAAGGAGAUUCCAGACCAAAUAUGGCAGAGCGAUGCCAACAAAAAACCCAAAGUGAAGAAGUCUCCCGCCAAAAACCCAACUUCGGCCUCUGGUUCAUCUUCUCGCUGGUCCAAGCAGGAGAAAGAACUGUUUGAGGAAGGACUGGCUCAGUUUGGUCGAAGGUGGACUAAGAUCGCCAAGCUGGUGGGCAGUCGAACUGUUCUUCAGGUCAAGAGUUAUGCCAGACAGUAUUUCAAACACAAGGCUAAAUCAGAACCCAGAGCUGCAGCUCCCUCUGCAGGUCCUGUGCUACACUUACAGCCUCCUCAACCCACCUCCAGUCAUGUGUCCACUCUGGCCAAUGCAGUCCGCAUAGAGAAGCUUUCUGAUGAUGAGGAUGAGGACGUAGACAUCACUGACGACCUGAGCGACGAUGAAGGUGCAGAUGAAAAACCGCAGAUUGGGCUCAAAGCUGAGUUCUGUGGACCAGAAGAGCAAACAGAGGCUGAGAUUCAAACAGGCGAUGCGAAAGAAGAAGAGAAUGAGGAGGGUGUGACUGGGGUAGAGAGCAUCCAUGAGACAAAGGACCAACCCAAGCAGAGCGCUCUUUCUCCUCAAAGUCCUCAACCCUCGUCUUCCCUUCUCUGUUCAGAGGAACCUGGUGUAACGAUAAAGGACGAUAAAGCCAACAAGACAGUUUCUGUGUUUCCAGAAAGCCCUCAGACACAAUCACAAACAGAAUCAAAGCUAAUGACUGACGCCAACGAGGACCAGAUCUCCCAGUAUGAGAUUUCAGCACGGACUGGUCUGCUGGAAGAUAGUGAUGGCAUGGAUCCCGCUGAUAAGAUUGAGAGUCUAAAUGAUGGACCAGACGAGGACCAAGAGGAGGAAGAGGAUGAAGAUGAGGAAGAGGAGGAGCUUAAAGCCCCUGAACAAGAAAUAGAGAUGGACAUGGAGGCCAUCACCGAGGAUGAGAAACAAGCCAUCCCUGAGUUCUUUGAGGGACGACCUUCAAAAACCCCUGAAAGAUACCUUAAGAUUAGAAACUACAUCCUGGACCAAUGGCUAAAGAGUAAACCCAAGUACCUGAACAAGACGUCUGUUCGCCCUGGUCUGAAGAACUGUGGAGACGUCAACUGCAUUGGGAGAAUACACACCUACCUGGAGCUCAUUGGAGCCAUCAACUUCAACUGCGAGCAAGCUGUGUAUAAUCGCCCUAAGGUGGUGGACCGCUCUAAGCAUAAGGAAGGCAAAGAUGUGCUUGAAGCUUAUCAGCUGGCGCAGAGACUGCAGAGCAUGCGGACCCGGAAGCGACGUGUGCGGGACAUAUGGGGCAACUGGUGUGACGCUAAAGACUUGGAGGGACAGACGUACGAGCAUCUCAGUGCUGAGGAACUGACUCUGCGGAGAGAAGAGAUGAAGAAGCAGCCUAAACCCUACAAAAUGUCCAGAUACAGAGGGUCUUUUGAUCCAUUCCAGCUGAUUCCCUGCAGGUCUUUUGAAGAGGAUGUGCAGGAACCAUUCCAGGUCAUCGUGUGUGCUGAGACUCUUCUCAUCAUGGACAUGCAUGCCCACGUGUCCCGUGGAGAAGUCAUUGGUCUGUUAGGUGGAACUUUCAAUGAGGAAGCCAAAGUAUUAAAGAUCUGUGCAGCAGAGCCAUGUAACAGCGUGAGCACAGGUCUGCAGUGUGAGAUGGACCCGGUGUCUCAGACGCAGGCCUGUGACGUGCUGUCGUCUCUGGGCUUCAGUGUGGUGGGCUGGUACCACUCACAUCCCUCCUUCCACCCGAACCCUUCAGUACGGGACAUAAACACACAGGACCAGUUCCAGAGUUAUUUCUCACGCGGCGGAGCCCCCUUUAUCGGGAUGAUCGUGAGCCCAUAUGACCCAGCCAACCCCUCCCCCCACUCCCAAACUACCUGCUUGUUGGUAAAAGAGAGCCAAGAGCCUUCAAGCCCACAGAAGCUGCCCUACAGAUUCGACUUCCUGUCAUCACAAGACAUCCCAGACUGGGAACAGACGAUGAGGAGGGCUCAGUGGAUCAUCCACAAAUACUCUCAAACACCCGGGAGUGUGCAGAUGAACAAGAUGUUCCGCAGAGAUUCCCAUCUCACCUGUUUGGAGAAGAUGCUGGCGUCUCUAGCGAGGUACUUGGAACCGCUGCCAGAUGAGGAGGGACACCCCUUCCUCACCCAGAUCCAGGCCCUUUUCCAGUCAGACUUUAUUUUAAAGCAACAAUCUUCCGACCAGGAAGAAGGAGAAUGUUUAAAUAUCUCAUCCAAGCCAGCAGACUCAGAUGACCUCGCUUAUGAUCAGCUGAUUAGUGAGGAAACGCAGCAGGAUGGACAAGGGGACGAGGAGACAAACAGCAGCGCAGUGUUACAUCUGGGCUCCGUGUUAUCAACUGAACAUGACUAUUUACUGUGAAGAACCAUGUAGCCAACUGUACUUGUGCUAUACUAUAGUAUUUACCAAGGUAUUAAAACACGAGGUCUUGUAUUGAUAGUAUCAACUUACGUAGUUUUUAUUGCGUUUUAGUUCAUCAAACAAAUACCCGGUGAUUAACUCGGUAGAUCUGUAUGUGUUCUAGAGAGAGAAAGAGACAAUGUGUGUGUUCUGGUGAGAAUUCUCAAUCUGGUUUCUUUCAAACAUGAAAUAAAAGUCUAUUUUCAUA